UCCAACCCAAACCAUUCCAUGAUUCUAUGAAAAUGGGGGUAACAACACCUUCCAGCAGUAGAGCCUCUGGGGAAACUGAGGCACAGAAGGACACUGACCCCUGUUUCUCCUGCUGGCAUGAGGGGGCACGUGGCUUUCUUAGGCAGCCCCAGCCUAUCCUCCUCACCCCAGCUUCCUCAACGGUACUGGGGGCACCAAGACAGGCAGGAGAUAGGGGACCCUGUCCCCCUCGGCAGCCCAGGACACUCCACAGCCCAUGGGGAGCAGCCUGGAGCAGAAGAUGAUCUGGUUGGUGGACCUGAAGCUGCCCCCGAGUCCCGGUGUCCUGCUCACCCCAAGAGCACAUCUCCAUGGUCACCCAACAAGGAAGGUCCCAAGCACAGGAUCCGGCAUUAGUUCCUGUUACACUUCCUGCCGUUGGCGAUUGCCCAAAGCUCCCCACCAGCCAGAUGUCUCCAUAGGGCUUUCAUGCCUCCAGAGUCCUCAGCACCUCCCAGCUGGGUAUUGUCAGCAAGUUUGCUAAGGGUGUGUUCGGCUGCGGUGACGGAUCUCCGGCUGGAUUGGACAGAUCUUCCAUUCCCACCACCCUUCUGAGCCCCAUCCAGCCUGGUCUUCACCCUAUCCACCCUGUAAAUAUUCCUCUCACUGGUGGACACCUUAUCCUGAAGGUUGCUGUGAAGGAGAUGAUAAAAAACUUACUAAAAGCCAGAAAAAAACAACAUCCACCUCCUUUCCCUCAUCCAUGACUUUCUUGUAGGAGGAUAAUACACCAGUCAGACAGGGUCAUGGUCAUGGCAUUGUCCUUAAAAUGCACUCAGGGUGACCAUGAUCAUCUCCAUCAUCUUCCUGAGAUUGGACCAACAGUGAUGGGGUUUUGUGAGAAGCACAAGCUCUUCUUGUAAACUGGGAUACAACUGGCGAGCUUCCAGACAGCAGGGACCUCCCCAGGCACCCAAACAUGGGAAGGGGUGGCCCUGCUGUGACAUCCACCAGCUCCUUCAGUGCCUUGGGAUGGAUCCCAUCUAGAUUCCUCAUGGAUAUUCACCUGGUUGCUUGGAAUUUCAGUGUCCUCUGAUGGAAAAUCACUGUCCCUGCCACGGUGACUCUCCACUGCUCUGACACUCUUGGGCACACAGAGAAGUGGGUGGUGCCUGGCAGUGCCGGGGUGGCUCUGGGAGGGCGGGUCACCCAAGAAUGUCACCUGGAACAGCUAAAAGCAGAGAGGACACCUGGAGAAACGAGUGCCCAUGGGAUUCUGCCAGUCUGAGAGGACCUGCUUCCCGUGAGGACAAGAUGACGCUCGGUGUGGCCUUCAGCAUCGGAGUCCUGCUGGCCCUGAUGGGUGGCACAGCUGGUCACGAAUGUGUUGCCUCACACCAUCUGGUCUCCAAGUUGCUCCAACGCAUGGAGGAAUCCAUCAAUGUGGACGAGAAGCCGAACCCCAGCAUCCUGCUGGCCAUGAACCUGGCUGGGGACACCGACAAGGAAAACCACAAGCUGCUGCUCCACCAAAUGAAGGAGGAAGCCGUGAACACAGCUGAGAAAUACAUGUCCUCAGGAGAGGUGGCUCUGUACGUACUCGCCCUCCUCUCCUCGUGUGAGAACCCCCAGCAGGUCCAUGCCCUCAGCCAAACCGUUGAUUUGAUCAGCAUCCUGCAGAAGAAAACUGAUGAGGAGGUCACCAGCCUGGAUGUGGAUGGUGUCCCAAAGACCUCGCUGUUCAGCGUGAGCUUGGACAUCCUGGGGCUGUGCCUGGCGAAUGUGGGCGGCUACCAAGAGGCAUCUGUGGCCCUGGCCAAGAAGAUGCUGGACCCCGAGGAGCGCCGCCGCUCUGUGGACACCAAUGCUGUGGCAGCCCUGGCGCUGACAUGCACGUACGAGCACACGGACAUGAGUGACCUGCAGGACCUGCUGUCAGAAACACUAUUGGUGGUGACCUCCGGCUUUCUUGAUGAGCAGGAGAAGAACGAUGGCAUGAUUGGGAACAUCUACAGCAUGGGGCUGGUCCUGCAGGCGCUGGACGCCACCAGCAAGUUUUAUGCCCCGCGGAAGUGGGAUUGCACCCAGGCCUUCUCUGUUGUGUACAAACAUGACUACACCCUUCCCAUGGCCAUUGCCCAGGUCCUGCCUGCCCUCGUGGGCAAGUCCUACCUGAAUGCAUCUAAGCUGGACUGUGCCCGUUCCAACUCUAUCACGGUGCACUACUCCAUCACCAACAACCUGCAGGGAAAGCACUUCAGCUUCUCCAUCACCGUGCAUGUCCCAGCUGGCUCCACACUGCUGAAGGUUCUGCAGGAAGCAGAGAAUGAGGAACCCGAGAAAUUCAGCUUCAAGACGGAGCAGACAUCCUGGGGUCCCAUGGUGGUUUCCAUCCACAAGCUGGCUGCCAGCACGAAUGACAAGACCUACUGGCAGUUCUUCAGCGGGAAGGAGCCCCUCCAGGAAGGGGUCGGCACCUACAAACCGUGGAAUGGAGAGCACAUCGAGGCCAUCUUCAGCACCUACUGAGGCCACCGAGGGACACAUGGCCCUGCCGGGCCCACCAUGGUGGCAAUAAAAAGGCAUUUCCAGC